GUUCCUUUGAUAGCUACCCAACCUUGGCUGGGAAAAUGCUUUCCCUCCCGGAAGAAGAACCAACUUUGCAAUGACACUCCAUGGUCUUGACUUUACAGAACGUGUGGUAGCCCUCAUCAGUCAGAGCCAUCAUUGUCCCUGGUGACUGUAAUUGGCAUCCUAGCAAGGUCAUCUGUCCUGUCGGGGGCCAAAAAACAUCUCAAGGAUGGAUGAGCAAAACGCAGCUGGUCCAGAAGCGGGAAGGGACCCUGAGACCAUCAAGUCGGGGAGCAGUGGAGAAAACUGGGGGCUUCGCCCGGAAGUCCAUCGUCAGUGUUUCCGGCAGGUCCACUACCAGGAUGCCAAGGGGCCUCGGGAGGUCUGUAAGAAGCUCCACGACCUCUGCCAUCUGUGGCUCAGGCCAGAGCAACACACCAAGAACCAGAUUUUGGACCUGCUCAUCCUGGAGCAAUUCUUGGCUGUCAUUCCCCCGGAGAUGCAGAAGUGGGUCCGGGAAUGCGGAGCAGAGACCAGUUCCCAAGCUGUAGCCCUGGCGGAAAUUUUCCUCUUGACCCAGGCUGAAGACAAGAAACAAGAAGAACAGCAGUACACAGAAUCGGGGCCCAACUUUCCCGAGCCCUUCAAGACUUCCUCAGAUGCCCGACAGAGCGCUCUGCGAAGGUGGAUGAAACACGAAGGGGAUGCAACCUCCAUCCUACAAGGGCAUGAAAUGAUGUCGGUGAUACGUGCCCAGUCAACCUCUCUUUGUGGCGGAGGAGACAUAACAAGCACACAACAGACUCAGGGCACAGUGGUGACAGAGGAUGUAGCUGUUCAGGUCACCGAGAAGGAAGGGAUCCUGCCAGACCCUGGCCAGAAAGUUUUCCGCAAGCAAGCCGUGGAGCAAGACCGUGGACUAAUGGCUGCCUUCGAAGCUGAUAAGUGGGCGGCCGAGAGAAAAGGAGGCCCAUCCUUGGGGCUGCCAGAAGGAGACGGCAUUAAAAAGAGGGAGAAGCAGAGGAGAAAAUCAGUACCAAAUCGGAAAAGGAUGAUGGAACUGAACGAGUGCUCCGCUUCGCAGAGCAGCAACUUCCAUCAAAAUGCAGUCCAAGAAAAAAUAGAGAAGAUGAAUAUUGCAAAAAUAAGCGAGCCAGCCAGUAAAAGACAAAGGACGUAUCUGUUCCAUAAAGAAUGGGAGGAACGGUACUGCUUCAUGGACGUGAACGGCAAAUCAGUGUGCUUAAUUUGCUCGUCCACGGUCGCGGUGGCAAAGAAGCACAACGUCCAGCGGCACUUUGAGAGAAACCACGGCACCUUCGCCAAAAACUACCCCCUGGACUCCGAGCUGCGCAAAAUGAAAGUGAAAGAGAUGAAGUCCAAAUUUGCCUCCCAGCUGACCGUUUAUACCAAGCCCGUGGUCCACUCCAAGAACACCACCAUCGCCUCUUUCAAAAUUGCCAGCUUGCUGGUUAAAAGAAACAAACCCUUUGAGGACGGGGAGCUGCUGAAAGAGGUGUUCCUGACGGCCGCCGACUCGAUCUUCGAAGGCUUCUCCAAUAAGAAAGAGAUCCUGACCGCGAUACAAAAGCUCCAGUUGUCCGGCAACACCGUUUCUCGCAGAAUCCAAUCCAUCUCGAAUGAUUUGGAGUACCAGCUGCAAAGUGACCUGCAGAAGUGCCUCUGGUUCUCCCUGCAGCUGGACGAGUCCACCGAUAUAACCGACACAUCCCAGCUGGCCAUGAUCGUGAGGCUCGUCUUCAGCGAUCUGGCAGUAAAGGAAGAGCUGCUCAAAAUCCUCUCCUUGAAAGGGAAAACGAGGGGUGAGGAUAUCUUCCUGACGUUCAGAAACUACGCCACCGAAACCAACCUGCCUCUUCACAAGCUUUCUUCCAUCACGACCGACGGGGCACCAGCCAUGGUGGGCAGCCUGGACGGGUUCAUUGCCCACUGCCAGAAGGACGAGGCUUUUCCCAAGUUCAUUUCGUAUCACUGCAUUAUCCACCAAGAGGCACUGUGUGCCAAAGUCCUGCAGUUCAAACACGUCAUGGACGUGGUUACAAAAAUCAUAAACUCCAUCCGCGGCGUCUCUUUGCAACAUCGGCUCUUUAAAGCCCUCCUGAAGGAUGUGGACACGGAGUACGGAGACCUGAUCCUGCACACGGAGGUCAGGUGGCUCAGCAAAGGCAAGAUCCUGGCCAGGUUUUUAACCCUGAGGGAUGAAAUAAAGGCGUUUUUAAAAACCAAAGAUCAGUAUGUGGAACAGCUGGAUGAUCGGUUUUGGCUGGUGGAUUUAGCGUUCCUCGCGGACUUGAUGCAAGAGCUCAACAGUUUGAAUAUUGAGCUGCACCGAAAUGAGAAGCAUCUCUCCGGGAUGAUCUCUUCCGUCCACGCCUUCAAAGGCAAACUGAGGUUGUGGAAGUCGCACCUGCAGGUGAAGUCCCUCCUUCCCUUCCCUUCCAUGAAGCUAGUGGUCGGGGACAGCGACUUCAACAACGCGCCCUUCGUGAGUUACCUCGAGACUUUAGAGGAACAAUUCCAUGCCCGCUUCCAGCAAUUCACCAGCAUCGAGCCGGUGGUGUCCUUCUUUGAAAACCCCUUCAGCCCGAUUGAUGUCGCGGAGACGGCCGCGGCCAUCGGGGAACUGUGCCAGGCCUUGGUGGAAGAGGUCGAGAUGGAGAUAGUGGGCCUUCAGAACGACAUCAUUCUGAAGUCCAACGCGAGUCAUGCCAACUUUUGGAACCUGGUGGACGCCCAAAAAUUCCCUCUGUUAAGGAAGACGGUCGCAAAGAUCAAGUCGUACUUUGGGUCCACUUACCAGUGUGAGUCCGUCUUCUCGACGAGGAGAUUUAUCAAGUCAAAGAACAGAACACGGAUGACGGACAAGCACCUGGACGACUGUUUGCGAGUGGCCAUCUCUUCCUACACUCCCAAUUACAACCGGCUGGCUGACGGCAUGCAGUGCCAAGCCUCCCACUAAUACGGAGCCGUGCUGUGAGACUUAGGCAACAUGCGGCUGUUUUGCGCUAAUCAGUAGCUUGUGCAGAGCAGGCUUCAUGUUGCCAACUUUUCUAUUUUCUAUUCUGUGUUCCAUCAAACAGUAGAGACACUAGGCUGAAAUGUAUUCCGAUUUAUUUGUACUGUGAAUAUAAUUAUGUACCGGUAGUCUAGGAAUAAUGUUGAGUUCUACACCUACCUGCCCUUUCUACUAUGCAAAUAAAUACUCUUUUGAUAUGUGGAAUCAUCUGUUACCAACAUUGGGGUGUGAUGGUCAUUUAUGUACAGGGAUAACAUUGGAGGUGUAAAGUGGGGUACGUCG